AUGGACGGUACUUUGGGUCGAUUUUUGUCAGCAUUUGUUGCAGCUCAACUAUGUGCUCUGACGGCGGCCACUCCAUCACAGAUCGCUCUUGUCCACGACUUGCUCGACAAAUACGACAAGAAAGCAAAACCUGUCUGGGACAACAAUUCACCCAUCAAUGUCUCCUUUUCGAUGGAUUUGUAUCAGAUUUUGGAACUGAAUGAACCCCAACAAUUCAUUUUAUUGAAUGCUUGGAUUAUUGAGCGAUGGUACGACGAGUUUCUUUUCUGGGAACCUGAAGACUAUGGAAAUAUCACCGAGAUUCGACUCCCGCAUGACUCGAUUUGGCUACCCGAUACGACUCUUUACAAUAGUUUGGUGAUGAAAGACGAUGACACAAGGCGGCUGCUGAACGCCAAGUUGACAACGGAUCGAAAGAGAAAAGCCUCGUUGAUCGAAUUGCUCUAUCCGACCAUCUACAAGUUCUCCUGUUUGCUCAAUUUGAGAUUCUUCCCCUUUGAUAAUCAGGUAUGCACAAUGUUGUUCUCCUCGUGGACAUACGAUCAAAAGGGAAUCGACUAUUUUCCGUAUUCCGAGAGAAUCGGUACAAGCAACUACUUGGAGAAUGAGGGCUGGUAUAUAAUGAGCACGAAAAUCGUCCGUAAAGAAGUGAAGUACUCGUGUUGCCCGAACAAGUACACCCUGCUCGAGUUGACACUGCAUUUGAGGAGAAAACCCUUGUUCUACCUGGUGAAUCUCAUCAUUCCCACCUCAAUCAUCACGCUGAUCGCCUUGGUCGGAUUCUUUACCACCUCAUCCGCGUCAGGGACACGAGAGGAGAAAGUCUCUCUUGGAAUCACGACCCUUCUCUCGAUGUCCAUCUUGAUGUUAAUGGUUUCUGAUCAAAUGCCCACCACUUCGACCUUCAUCCCGCUCAUUGGUUGGUUCAUCUUGAUGAUGAUCAUGGUGAUCUCUUUGGGAACGAUCGCCUCCACUGUUAUCAUCGCCGUGCAAAAGAGGGGACGACUUGGGGAAAGGCUUGGCAAAGGAGCACUAAAAUUCGGUAAAUGUUUGGCUUAUAUCACUUGUGUGCCCGUUCCAUCACAUAUUCGGAAAGAAGAAAUGAUGACUGAAAUGUUUGAUUCACCGUCAGCAAGUAUGGCACCAAUAAAAGUAGAAAAGAACAAAGAAAAGAAAGGCAAGAAGAAUGGCGGUCCGGCGAGUGGCCAAGAAAAGGAGAAGAGUCAAGAGCCGCUCAUUCACACAAGUCCCUCAAACAACACGACUGAAGAAGUGGUCACGUCUGGCUUGCAUACGCCAACUGUGCGACCGCCACCGCCGACUUCAUUGAAUCUUGACGGAGAUAAUGCUUCGAUUGAUGUGUCAAUUGCCAGCGAUGCGCCGUCAAUGCAACCGUCAGCGAAAACCCCAAAAAUGCGCACGAAUCCAAAUAAUCCUUUCCGAAAUGAAGUGGCCCAGCACCAGUUACGCAAAUACGCCAUUGCUGAGUACGAGUGGUUGGCGACGGUGAUUGAGCGUCUCUGCUUUGCCAUUUUUGUCACUGCUUUUAUGAUCAUCACUUUUGGCAUCAAUAUCAUUGGAUUCAUUCACUGGUACACGAAAGGAUUGGACGCACUCGCCAAU